CAAGCCAAUUCACCAGCAGCAAUUUCAUCCAAUUUCGCCACACCCCCAACAGCAAACCAAAACCUUGCCACUUCCAAUCCAACCAUUCUGUGAACUCGAUUCCCCAGCAAGCAAGACGCUCCAACUCCCAGAUUUGAAACUUCCGUCGUCGGACAGCCCAAUGGAGAGAACGCGUUUCCGCCUCCCGGCAAUGUGGCGAAUGCUCAACGACAGCCGCGUCUACUUCUUCGUCGUGGCUCUCCUGUCCGCUAGCGGCGCGGCAUCUGCCGCCUCGUGCCAGAGCUCUUCGCUUACAGGAUUCACCAGCUCCAUCGACCUCUCGGGUAACGGCCUCGUUCUCCACUGGGCGCUUGACGGCACGCAGGCAACGCUGCGGAUGGCGCUGGAAGCCAAAUCCGGCAGCGGCGCCGAGAGCGGCUGGAUCUCCGCCGGCUGGUCCGCGGACGGCCGCAUGUACCCCGCGGACUGCGUCGUCGGGAACCUGCCGGGCGGUGAAAUAGGCGCGUAUUACAUGAGCGGGUACGGCGACGCUGACGUGGUGCCGACUAGCAGCUUCUCCCUCGGUUCUGCCGCGAUGCUGACGUCCAACGGCGGGACUAUCAUGCAGUUCUCCCGGUCGAGCGGCGACGGCGGCGCGAUAGCGGUGAACGUGGCGGGGGCGAACACCAUCAUCUGGGCCUACUCCGAGUCGGGCUCCACCGCGCUCGGCUUCCACGGCCGCAACGAUGGAGCCACAUCGGUGGACUUCUCGUGCGUGGGAGCCGCUGCUGCUGCCAACUCCACUGCGGGGAGCGGCGCUGGGGGCAACACUGGGAGCAACACGACAACCGGCGGUAGCAGCGCCGGAAGCAACACGACAACCGGCGGUGCCUCAGGUGGCAACAGCGGCAGCACUAACGCCACAACGGGCAGCGGAACGGGUGGCACCAGCAGUGGCAGCACCAACAGCACCACCACUCCCACGCCGCCCUCCACCCCACCUGCUUAUAACGGAUCUCUCCCGUUCCCGCCUGACUUUAACGGGUCCGUGCCUCGCCCUCCCCACCACGAGGGGGGCGACGACCACGAUCGUGACCACGACGGUGAGAGUGGCAGUGACCAGGACGGGCAGCAAGGGGAGCAGCGGGGAGACGGAGAUGGGGAGUGGGAGGGCGGUAGGGGAGAAGGAGGAGAAGGAGCCGGUCUGGGCAGUGGGUCCUCCUCUGGUGCGGCUGCUUGCCAGUCUUCCUCCCUCUCGGGAUACGAGCACUCUGUGACUGUAACGAGUGGCCUUCUGCUUCACUGGACGCUCGUCAGCGCCGCCACCACCACCACCAGUACCAGCACCGGGGGGAGGGCGCAGGUGCAGCUGGCGUUGGAGGCGCAGCAGGGCAGCGGGGCUGAGAGCGGCUGGAUCUCCAUCGGCUGGUCAACGGACGGCCGGAUGGCCCCCGCUGAUGCCGUCAUCGGGAACCUUCCAGGAAACGCGGUCGCUGCAUACGCCAUGACUGGUUACCAGAUGUCAGACGUUGCGGUUACCACCAACUUCUCCGUCGCUGAAGCGAGUACUGAGACAGCUAGUAACGGAGCGACCGUUGUGAAGUUUACCCGGACGGAGGGGGAUGGGGGAAUCGUCCCUGUGGAUUUUACCGGGGUAAAUACCCUCGUGUGGGCGUUUUCGGGAUCCGGCACACAGGCACUGGACUACCACAACCACAACGAUGGCGUACUGAAGGUGGAUUUCACUUGCUCCACUGCGACUGCCGACAACUCCACUGCUGCUGCUGGCAACACCACUGCAUCUGCAGAGAACAGUGACAGCCAAUCGCUGGGUGCCACGUCAGCAGCAACAUCCGAUAGCAGCAGCAGCAGCAGCAGCAGUGCGUGCACGGCGUCGUCUCUCUCCGGAUACGACUGCAUGAUGCAGCUCAGUGGGGAUAGCUUCAUUCUCCACUGGAAGGUCAGCAGCACUGCCACCACCAUUUCUCUGGCAGCAGAGGCAGCCACAAGCGGGUGGGUGUCCGUCGGCUGGUCCGCCACCGGCCGCAUGUACCCCGCCGAUGCUGCCAUCGGGAAUCUCCCCUCAGGCACCCUCUCCAACGGGGCAGCAGUGGGGGCGUACUACAUGAGCGGUUACGGGGUUAGCGACGUCACACAGACGGGGUCGUUUGCGGUUAGCAAUGCGGUUGUGGAGGCCACUGGGAACGGGCGCACGACAAUCAAGUUCGAGCGGUCGAUGACAGAUGGGGAGUUCCCCAUGGGCGGUACCAGCACGGUCCUCUGGGCCUACUCCCGCGACAACUCGCAGCAGCUAGCCGACCACGGCCCCAACGCCGGCUCUGCUACAAUCAACUUCGUCACGGGAGCAUCAGAGGUGGGCGAGUCGAGCAGCGGGGGCGCCACGCUCUACAGCAUCCACGCUUGGAUGCUCACUGUGGCCUUUGGCGUCCUCAUGCCCGCUGCCAUCCUCAUCUCGAGGCUCUUCCUAGCGGACAAGCCCAUGCCCUCGCCUCCACCUGCUGCCACUGGGAAUGCCACAGCUGGCACAGCAGCCACAGCAGCAGCAGGGGGGGUGGCACAGCCCAUGUUGGGUGCCAAGGAGCAAGCAGCAGCAGGGGGGGAAGCAGGAGAAGACGCACCAGCUCUCGUUUCCCUCACCCUCGGGGGACCAGCAGCAACAGCAAAUCCAGAGGCAGCAGGAGUAGGCGGUGCAGCAGCAGCAGCAGGGGGGGCAGCAGCAGUCCCCAGGAAGCCAUGGCUGAGCAAGCCCGUGGCGUUUGAGGCGCACAAGUGGCUCAUGCUGUCGGCUGUCCUCCUCGCUCUCGCUGGAAUCAUCAUGGCCUUUGUGGAGAAGGGGGCGCAGUCAUUGCACUCCACGCACGGACAGCUCGGAUUGGCCGUCAUGGUGCUCAUCGUGGCGCAGCCAAUCGUGGGCCAGCUCAGGCCGCUCAAGAAGCAUCCCAGCCGUCCAUCCUGGUUCGCCCUGCACUGGGUGAUUGGGGUCGGCACGGUGGCGAUUGCUUGGGCCAACACGUACCUGGGGUUCGAUCUUGCCACCUCCAAGUUUGGAUACGACCUCGAUUGGUCCUACAUUGCCUUCUCUGUUAUGAUUGGACUAUUCAGCGUGGUGUACGUCUUUGAUUUCAUGCUGGACCAAGUUGGUUUCUGCUGCCUGCGUUUUGAGGAAACCAUGCCAGAGAUCCCAGCCAAGACAAUGGAGAUAGUGUAGCUGUUGAUAUUGAGGUGUGUGUUAUUGUGUAUCAGGAUAGUCAAUUCUCUUUCUGAGAGGUACCUAGUUGUAGUGGUUUGUAUGGGUUCAAAACUGUUGGGCUGAGAAAAGCCCUUAGGAUCUUUUGCAGAGACUAAGUCCCAGCUGUAGAGACUUGAGACUUGGAGUAGUGCAGCGGAAGUUGAGGCAGUUGAACCCUUGUACUAG